GCGACGUGACAGCCCAUAACUUCCCGGAAGUGUUCCACAGAAGUAGUGUUGCUAUCAACUAGGUAACGCAGUGCUGUGUGUUAAAUCCGACGAGCUGUGUUCAGUGGUGAAACAAGACUGCAAACAGGAAGUUUGUAAGAAUGGAAGGUUUUGCGGAAAGGCUGCGCACCAGAAAGGUGGAGGAAGGUGGGAAUUGCAGCGCCACCAUCCGGUCCCACAGGCAGCAAGAGAAGCAGGGAAAGCCCGCGAGAAGACGGAGGGAAGUGAAGAGGUCUCAACGCAAGCCGGACUGUCCGGACCACCUGUCGGGGCCUAGCGAUCUACAUCGGUUGCCAGAGCAGCAGGGACCAGAAGCCUCGGUGUCUAUGGAUGAAACCGCAGAGAAUUCCACUAACAGAUGGGAUAGAUGCAGACGAGGACAUUUUCUGCAUGGACCACACCCUGCCACUCACUUCGGACCCAAAGCUUGCAUACUUCCCAAUCCCACCUCAGUCAUGCACAUUCAGGAUCCGGCCAGCCAGCGGCUCACCUGGAACAAACCCCCCCUCAACGUCCUGGUCAUCAGAAAGAUCAGAGACGAGGGCCUGCUGGAGCCAUUCAAAGAGCUUUGCAGGUUUCUUGUAGAGGAGAAACACCUGAUGGUUUAUGUGGAGAAGAAAGUCGUGGACGAUGCCGCUCUCAUUGAGGAUGAGCUCUUCUCAUCCAUUCGCAAUCAGCUGUGCACGUUCAGGGAAGGUUAUGACGACAUCUCGGAGUGCAUAGAUCUGAUUAUUUGUUUGGGUGGAGAUGGAACUCUUCUCUACGCAUCCUCCCUUUUCCAGGGAAGCGUUCCUCCAGUCAUGGCCUUCCAUCUGGGCUCUUUAGGGUUCCUCACACCCUUCAAGUUUGAAUCCUUUAAAACUGAGGUGGAUAAAGUCUUUGAAGGCAAUGCCGCCAUCGUCCUGCGCAGUCGACUGAAGGUGAAGGUGGUGAAAGGCAUGUUUCAGAGAACUGAAGAUGAGGAGAAUGGCACGGCGCCUCAUAACCAUAUUAACAAUGAGGCAGGCAAGAUCUCCCUACAGUUACAGGUGCUGAACGAAGUGGUGGUGGACAGAGGACCCUCCUCCUACCUGUCCAAUGUUGAUCUUUACCUGGACGGACGUCUCAUCACAUCUGUACAGGGAGACGGUGUAAUAGUUUCCACCCCCACGGGCAGCACGGCCUACGCUGCCGCAGCGGGAGCUUCCAUGAUCCACCCCAACGUCCCGGCCAUCAUGGUCACCCCCAUCUGCCCCCAUUCCCUCUCUUUUAGACCCAUCGUGGUGCCUGCUGGAGUGGAGCUCAUGAUAACGCUGUCUCCUGAUGCUCGCAACACGGCCUGGGUGUCGUUUGAUGGCAGAAAGAGGCAAGAAAUCCAUCACGGAGAUAGCAUUAAGAUCACCACCUCUUGUUAUCCACUUCCUUCUAUCUGUUGUCAUGACCUGGUGUAUGACUGGUUCGAGAGUCUGGCCGAGUGCCUUCACUGGAACGUCCGCAAGAAGCAAGCGCGCCUAACAGACAUCAGCGAUUCCUCAGAGACCGAGAACUGAGCCAUAAACAAACCCAUACACAGUCGGCCUAUCAAAAAUACACAUUCCACAACAUUUCACAUGUCCGUUAUGACUCACAGAAGUGUCGAGUGAAGUGGUUGGAGCACACGUUGGUAUAGUUCGGAGGCUUGUCAUGAUUUUUUUUUGUGACCGGAUAAAGUCAAACCUGGGACUGUCUAUGCUCUGUGAAGGUGAACAUGGAAAUGUUUCGUGUCACGUGAAACGUGGUCUGUCUGGCGGCUCAGGGCUUCUGUCAAUGUAAAGGACAGUAACAUUAUGCUGAGCAUGUAUUGUAGCGUUGCUGUCGUGAGAAACUCUUCGUCGUAGAAAGCAACUGCAGGUCCCGGAAAUGCCGUUCUGAGCACUUCUGAUGAAUUGAUGUCGAAAAUAAGUUUAUAUGAAAGUAGAACUUAAAGUAAACUUCGACCUCCAGGCUGAUAAACGGCUUCAGAUACUUUCAAAUCCUACAGUUUUUCUGCGUGUUAGUGGGUUUCUCUUAAGUGAAUUAAAAUAAUUAUUGGAUUUAAAUCAAGAGCUUAAAGAGAUGAAUUACCCAAAUAUGAAUUGCUCACUGUCUAGUUGUUCCUGUAUCAAUUUCAUUGGUUGGUUAAACGCAGAGAAAGAUAUUUGGACGAAUGCUUGUAACAAAACAGUUCUUUAACAACAUCGACUACCAUAGUAGGAAAAAUGCCCCAUAGCUGUUUUCUGUCCAACAUUCUUCAAAA